CUUUUCAAUACCGGACCGGUGUUUCUUACCUAGUUAAGAUUAGUUGAAGCCGCUAGACGCAUCCGAAAAUAUAAUACUGGAAUAAUGAUGUUCCGGUAAUGUACUGGUUUUCCGUAAAGGCCAGACUUUCCCUUAUCGCUGUGCUUAUGAUGAUAUCCGCUGGAGAGCAACUUCAACUUCAACAACUCUCCAAUUCAUCUCUGAUGCAUUGCUCCUUUCUAUUCUUCUCCCCGCCUUUAUUAUUCACAUUUAAUUUACAUCUACACACCUUAUACUUGUCCUGACGAGACCUUUCUAGGGCGCCUUCGAUGACUGCGCUCCACUCUUCACCAUGAUACUCCGGUUACAGAGUCUUGCUAUUCUACUUGCUCUCCUUUCGGCAGUCAAUGGCCUUCAGCCGUCAGAUAUUCCCUCAGAUACGCCGCUUUCAUCUCUUAUCUCUACUGCUAAAUCAUAUCUCAAAAAUGGUGCCCCUCAAGAUGCUCUACCCUAUUUCGAUGUCGCGAUUUCUCGAGACCCCACAAACUAUCUGACAAUCUUCCAACGCGGAGCCACCUACCUUUCUCUUGGGAAAAAUGCGAAGGCAUUACUGGAUUUCAAUGACGUAUUGAAAAUCAAGCCAGACUUUGAGGGUGCUUUGAUACAGCGAGCGCGCAUUAAGAUGAAGUCGGCAGAUUGGGAUGCCGCAAAGAGAGAUCUGGCAGCUGCGGGGAAGAAUACUGCCGCUGAAAUUGGGGAGCUCAAUGAAGCCCGAGAAGCAUCGCGCUUGGCUGAGGCUGCAGAUAAGAAAGGCGACUGGGAUACCUGCGUAUUGCAAUCCGGAGUUGCUAUUAUGAAGGCGAGUCAGUCGUUGCCACUACGACAGUUGCGGGCACGCUGCCGUUUUGAACGGGGAGACAUCCAAGAAGGUAUAAAUGACCUAGCGCACGUUUUGCAAAUGGCUCCUGGCUCAGUAGAGCCUCAUCUAAAAAUGUCUUCGAUGCUUUUCUACUCGCUAGCGGACACGGAGCGGGGCAUCACCCAAGUUCGGAAAUGCCUCCAUUCAGAUCCCGACUCCAAAGCGUGUAGUCGCCUAUUUAAAAAGGAAAAGAAAAUUGCAAAACAACUGGCUAGCCUCGAGAGUCUUCGUGAAGGACGGAAGCUCAGCAAGGUUGCUGAGAUCUUGGUCGGGAACAAGGAGGAUGCAGGUCUUCUCGAAGAGAUAAAGGAUGAUGUGAGGGCGAGUCGCGAAGCUGGCCAUAUUCAUCCGAAAGCACCGGAUGCACUCUAUACCAAUUUACUCGAGAAGACUUGCGAAACAUAUAGACAGAUGAAGAUGAAGAAGAAAGCGCAAUCAUAUUGCACAGAAGCCUUGAAACUGAUCCCCAAUUCUCUCCACGGCCUCCUUUCCAAAGCAGAAGCCCAGAUUGACACGGAUGACUUUGAAGCCGCCAUCCAAACCCUCAAGUUUGCGCGAGAGCACCACGACAAUUCCCAAGAUAUCCAAUCCCUCUACCAAAAAGCACACACCCUCCUCAAACGCUCGAAACAAAAGGACUACUACAAGGUUCUCGGCGUCGACCGCGACGCAGACGAUAGGACUAUCAAGCGCGCUUAUCGCAAGAUGACCAAACAAUUCCAUCCUGAUAAAGCGAUGUCACAGGGCGUCUCCAAAGAGGAUGCGGAGAAGAAGAUGGCCGCCAUUAACGAGGCGUAUGAAGUUCUUUCAGACCCUGAGUUGCGCGCCCGUUUCGAUCGUGGCGAUGACCCUAAUAGCCAAGAGGGCCAGGGCAACCCGUUCCAGGGCAGUCCGUUCGGACAUCAUGGUGGUCAUGGGCAACAAUUCUUUUUCCAGCAGGGAGGCGGUGGCCCGCAUUUUAAGUUCUCGGGCGGAGGCUUCAAUUUCCCUGGAGGAUUUCCGUUUGGUUAACAUAUAUCCAUUUUCUUCUUUUAUGUUGGUUUCGUACUUUGCAUUCCUCUACUUUGUCAUUGUUUUUAAUAGCAUGUCAUUUUGUUUCCGCUUUCCUCUUCCGCUCGUGUUUUACCUCCUAUCUUUCCGGUCAUUACAACAGGCAGCCUCGAUACACUCCUCCGAAGAAGAUUUUCAAGACAAUUGAGCAGCAACCUCACAUGUCACCAUCAAGUCUUCCUUUUUAGUGACCAAAUUUCUCGUCUUAACAUGACGUACUGUAUAGGAUAUAGAUUGUUUUUGUUUUUUUAAUUUCCUUUCCUUGGAAUUAGGGAAGGGCGUUUUGUCAAACUACAAACUACAGCAGACAAAAUACAAGGGUAUGGCUCUGAAUUACAGCUGCCUGCGUAACGUAGAUUUAUGACAAUUUCCCUUUGGAGCUCUACUGGUCCAACAGCCCCUUUUCUCAUUGUGUUCCUCAUUGUGAGUGAAAACGUUGGAUUCGGUCGACUUCUCGGAAAUGAAGAAAUGAACGUUUGGAAAUCAAGGUUUUCUUGUGUUGAAAAGCUAGGUAAUUAUUAUUUAUUGUUAUUAAUACAUCGUACACGAAGCAAAUUUUUGCAGGCUAACUAACUCGUUCUCGCUCUGGGCCAGCCAAAUCCCAAGUACAUGCGCUGGGUUUCCCUUUUCCACACCUUCGUCCUGGGAGUAGCAAACAAUAGCAAGAAAAACAACGGAAAAUGAAACAAUUGCCCAUCACCUUCAAUUUGGAUUAAUAAUACGAAAUGAAUGAAAGAAGAAAGAGAACCCACAGAAAAAGCAGAGCCUAAGGGCGAAACUUGAAACUGAAUUAUCCAUCUCUCACAUCGCAAGCAACCAUCACACCCUCUCCUUUGGCGCAUCCGUCAAUGGCACAUAACUAACUCCAAAUAUCUUCUCCUUUACCACAGUCCCAUCUUCCUUCUUAUCCACGACCCACACAUGCUGAGUGCCUCCCAGGCCAAAUGACCUCACUCCAUUUUCUCCACCAGCCUCGACAGGAAUAAACAUGCGGCCAGGCGCUCGCAGCUGCUCAAUCAGGGUGGGAUGCAUCAACUCUGCUGCCGCACCGACAUGGAUGGCAUCAUAUGGCCCGCCCUCUGGAUAUCCUAGCCUUCCAUCACCAAGGACGAAACGAGCUUUGCCAGAUUCGAGCAGCUGGCGGCCCGAGUCAGAUUUGGCCAUGUUGGUAUUGCACAUGUCGACUAGGCUUUUGAUGUGAUCGAUGCCGAUGACAGUGCCCUUGGACGAGGUAAGGCCAUUGUCUGUGAUGAGGUUGGAGAAGACAUGGGUUAGAUAACCUGAUCCCGAACCGAUGUCUAGCACGCGAGAAUCUGGGUUCAGAUAAGGGAGGAGUAACUCGCAAGCGUGCACGUGCAUGUGUGGAGCGGAGAUUGUGGCUGCGUGACCGAUUGCUUGUGGGGAGUCCUCAUAUGGGUUCGAAGGACAGUAGUUGGCGCGGUCGACCUGGGUUUUAUUAAGUUAAGUUUAUUAUUCUUAGUUUCGUGAGAGCUGUGAAGGUGCAGAGUGGUUAGAAGAAAAGGGAGAGCCCGUUGACACGGCGUUUCGAGGUGCUGCCAAUGGACAAACAAUCGGCAAGAAGAACAGGAUCCAUCCAUUACUUACAGCAAGCAUUGCAUUCUUUACCCUCUCAUGCUUAAUAAGACCAUUCUUAAACAGGUUAUUGAUCAACUGGGAAUUUGACUUUCCCGAACUCUGCCAGGCCAUAUUGAUAUAUCUUUUGAUUAAGUGGUUCGUAGUAGCGUGAUUUAUGAUUGCGAACGGUUCUGCUCGUUGAAAGUAGGAGAAGACGUCGUCAGUGAGGGAAGAAAU